UUGAUUUAUUUGACACUUAGUCGCCGACUCUAGGUAGAGACGCUAGCCACUUUUACUUCGCCUUUUAAAUGUACAAGUGUUUUGUGUCGAUAAGAUUUUUUAAAAGAUAUAAGUGAUAUAAAAUGACUGUAAGUCAAAUUGCUAUGGAAAUAGAAUAUAAUAAGGAGACAAAUAUAAAACCGGAGGUUAUAUUACGUUUGCGAGAAUGGCUGCAGAAACAAGCGCAUAUGCCGCAUGACCACAUCACUGAAUUAGAUAUUAUAUUGGCUUAUCACUGUUGUGAUUGUGACGCUGAAAUAACCAAGCGGGUCAUUGACCUCAACUUUACUGCAAGAACACUUUUCUCUUUUUAUCAAAACAGAGAAAUAAACUAUUCUUUAGAAACGGCAUUACACACGUGGUUAGUGACUCCAUUGGACGCAGCUACAAAUAAAGGAUAUCGACCCAUCUAUUGUCAGUUGCUAGACGCAAACCCGGAUAAAUUUGUUUACGGUGAUGUAGUUAAAGCGUUCGGGAUGAUACUCGACCUGUUUCAAUAUGAAGAAGGAACUAUACCAGGUCUUGUUGUAAUUUUAAACAUGGACAAAGUAUCUCUUGGACAUAUAUCAAGGAUUGAUUUAAAAGUGGCGCAAGAAUUUUUUUAUUUUUUGCAGGAAGCUAUGUUUGUCCGAUUAAAGGGAUUUUAUUUCAUUAAUGCACCCACCUAUAUGGAUCGGUUAUUAUCAAUGAUAAAACCUUUCUUGAACAAGGAUACUUUAGAUAUGGUUAAAGUUUACCCAGUUGGUUCCAAUGCAGUGGAUGAAAUCUUUCCAAUUGCCGCUUUACCCAAAGACUGUGGAGGAGAAAAUAAAGACUCUAUCACAUUGAGAGAUGAAAUACUGACUAAGCUGAAGGCUAACAAAGACUUCUUUGAAAUGGAAUCGAAGAAAAGGGUCGAUGAAACAAAACGUACCGAAAGACCCAAAACAAUAAGUUCAUUUUUCCCGAAUAUGGAAGAGGCAUUUAAAAAAUUAGAAAUUGAUUGAAUGUAAUAAAAAAUCAAACAUUUAUUUUAUAGGUUGCCAUUAAAUUUGGAAAAUAUAAUAAGCAUGUUCUAAUGACUGAUUUUUUUAAGUUAUUCAUGAUGCCAAAUUGUUCUAUGUCUAAACCUCAAAGCAAUAUGUGUAAAUAAAUGGUUUUGAAUUAUACGUUAAUUAUACGCUUAGGCUAUUGGUAAGCUCAUAUUGUAUAGGUACGCUACAAAAAAUAGUAACUAAAUAAUAUUAUAAUUAAAGCUUUGCUUCUUGACGGUGUUAGUUUUUGUUAAAAGUAUUCUAUGUUUAAAGGGUCAACAUUUUUAUAUUAAUAUUUUAACCAAUUACGUAAAUUUUAUGUUCUUUGAUUUAAUUAUGUAAGAUAAAAUAGUAAUUUAUGAUAUUGUAUGGGCGACGCUUAUUGACACUGUAAUAAUGUUAUGAAAGGAUUGCAAAUUAUGCAAAAGUAUUAAGUAAAGAACAUCUUACGUAGUACUCAUAUUUCGUUGAUUCUUUCACAUCGCUCAAGUUACUAUGCUCGAAUCUAGGACUAUAUGAUAGCGUCAAAUGUGAGGCAUUUAUUUUCGCUUUAUUAUUUUUAAUUAAAAUCCAAUAAAUAUUUUAUAUUAGA